AGCAAGUAGGGAAAUCUGGUAUCUGGCUGAGUGCUCGGCAUAAAACGGAAAACUUGUUAGGAUGGAUAAACUGAGGGGCAACAAUGCGGCCGGCGAGAAUCCCUUCAAGCGGCCAAUGAAUGCCCUGCAGAAGCAGUGGUAUCGCGUUUUACUGGCCCGCAGAGUGGGAUUCGGGCAGCGUCCUCCGCCCGAUGAAAAGGAGCUAACGUACGCCGACAUUUGUCGUAAGCGUUAUACAGCCGCGUUCCGGCGAUACAACGAACGUUUCCGCCGGGAAAUGGCCAAGCAUGAGGAGAUGCAGCGAUGCGCCAUCGAUGCCAUGAGGGUCCACAGAACCUUUGCCAUAACCACACUUUGGCUACCAUUGCACUCGAAACGGGAGAUAAACUCAACACUGGAGACCCUCGAACAGGUUCUCACCGCCAAGGAAAGACGACGCCUGCAGGAGAUACUCAAAAAAGGAGAGUCCUGGCACUCGCAUCGCUGAAGCAACAUCCACAGCUCUCAAGGCCACUACUCAGAUUCAGAUUCAGAUUCAGAUCUCCGUGCAGAUUCCGAACCUGACUCAUCCCCAUACCCAUCAUCAUCAUCAACAUCAUCUGCCACGGCUAAGUGAAUUCCAUUUAGCUUGGAUUUCACUCUUCCUGGGAGCCUGAUUUUUCUUCGUUCACUUCAUUUUUUACUUUUCCUUCGUUUUGUUCUUGAAAUUUCGCUGUCAG